AUGUGCAGAGAGCCCCCUCCGCAGGGCCCGCUCAUCGCCCAGUCCCGCCGCGGCUUGCGCGGGGCCUGUGCACAGCGGCUGCGCGAUGUGGGCGACCUGCGCCCGGUCCUCCUCGUCGUGGUCGGCAUUGCUGCUGCGCAUGUGACGGCGACGCAGCUGACGACCGAGUGCCUCCGGCAUUCGGAGCGCCUCACCACGCCCCUGCUCCUUUGGGCGUCCACGUGCUCCAACCUCCUUCUCGGCGCGCCGCUCCUCGCCUGGCGCGCUCGCGCGAGGGGCGGCGCCAAGCCGCUCCUCGGCGCGUGGGAUGCGCGGCCUCGCCAGCUCGCCCUCGCCGUCGCGCCCUUCUUUGUGCUCUAUCUGGGUGCAAACGGCCUCUACAUUGCCGCGCUGGCCUCGCUCUCGCCGCCGCUCGUCGUCUCAAUCUUCUCGACCACGCCCGCCCUCGUGGCGCUCCUGUCCGUCCCACUGCUCGGCCGCCCGCUGCGCGCGCUCGCCGUCGCCGCCGUCGCCUGCUCGACGGUUGGCGUGGUCCUCGUCGCGCAGCCGUGGGCAGCGGGCGGGCGGGCAUCUUCGCUGAAUAGCACCUCCGCUGAAGCAGCAUCAGGGGAGGGCGGCGCGGCGGGGCUGGGCGCGGCGAGCGUGGCCGCGGCGAGCGUGGCUGGCGCGGCGGGCUGCGCGGCGCUGUACAAGGUCCUCUUCCGCAGGCUGUUUGGCGACGUCCCUCCUCCGGCGCUGCUCCUCGUCCUCGUGCCGCUCGGAGGGUAUGGCCUCGUGUGCGGCACGGCCCUCCUCUCCGCCCUCCAGCCGUGCUGGCCCUCCGACCUCGCGUCGGCCGGAGGGGGAGGCGCCCUGCUCCUCGCCGGCCGGGCCGCCGCCGACGUCGCCUUCAACCUCCUCAUCGCCCUCGGCCUCUCGCUCACCCACCCCCUCUUCAUCUCGAUCGGGACCCUCCUCUCGACGCCCCUCGCCCUCGUGCUCGCGUCGCUGCUGCACGCGCCUCCGCCGUCGCCCGCCGCGGCGGUCGGCAUCGCUGGCAUCGCGAUCGGCUUCUGCCUGCUCCUCGCCGACGAGGUGGUAUUCUAUCACUUCGCGCAUUUCUUCCUCCCCGAGGCCGCGGGUAUUCCCAGGUGUGCCAGGUCCUCAUCUAAGAGGGGCCUCAUCCCCAGCCGUUGUGCUCGCGCGUCCGCCCUCUCGAGCGGGCUGGAGGCGGGUUCGACUGCGGGUACCCCGUAG